AUGGCAGAUGCAGCUGCAGCGGCUACCGACGCCACGUUCGUCGGAGACGAGGUGGGGACGGUGAUCAAGGAUAGCAUUGACGAGGUUCUGCAGAACCAGCAGUACGAGCCACGGCAGGUCCCACAAUGGACGUCUUCGUGCCUGGAGACGUGCGUCCGGAAGCUGACGAACCUCCAGAAGCCCAUGAAGUACAUCGUCACCUGCGUCAUCAUGCAGAAGACGGGUGCGGGACUGUGUACGGCGUGUUCCUGCUGGUGGGACAACGCGAUGGACGGGAGCAGGACGUUCCGGUGGGAGAACAAGACGAUGUACUGCCUCGUGACCGUGUUCGGGCUCGCCAUCUAG